GAUGUACUGAAACCAUCUGGAUAGGGCAAAAAGAGAGAGGGAAAUUGGAAUUUGUGUGUGCCGAUUACUACUCGAAUCUCUUUUCUCGUGCCCGAAACUAAGGAUACUACUACUGUUACCCUCUUGCCCUCUAGUUCGAAAGAUGGCACCGCCGCUGGAAAACGUCCGACCAACAUUUGAACUACAGAAUCGCAACUAUGUCAUCACAGGAGGUGCUCAAGGCAUCGGGUUCGCUGCUGCACGAGCCAUAUGUGAGAUGGGCGGCAACGUAGCCAUUCUGGACGUGCAAAACAAGCCCGUGGACGAAUUCGAUUCUUUGUCGACCAAGUUUGGAGCAAAGACGUAUUACAUCCAGACAGAUGUGACCGACCAAAAGAGCUUGAACGCCGCGUUUGCGAUGGCCGUCGAGAAGUUGGGAAGCAUAGACGGUCUUGUCCCAGCGGCAGGAAUCGCCAUUGAUAAACCAUUUGUCGACCAGACGUGGGAGGAGUUUACUCGAAUUCAAGAUAUCAACUGUCGAGGUCUAUUCUUCAGUUGCCAACUUGCAGCAAAACAAAUGAUCAAGCAAGGCACCGGUGGUAGCAUGGUCCUCUUGGCUUCACAGACGGCACACGUUGCCAUCCCAGGACAUCGCAUGGCUGCGUACAACAUGUCCAAGGGCGGUGUCUUUAUGUUGUCGAAAGCCCUCGGUGUCGAGCUGGCACCGCACAAGAUUCGGGUCAACACCAUAUCUCCUGGCUUUGUCGAUUCAGAAAUGUUGCAGAGAGUCAAGGCGGCAAAGGGUCCUCAGGAAGCUGAACAGCUGGAGAUAUCGCCACCUCUGAAGAGACUGAGUAACCAGAACGAUCUGACUGGGGCCAUUAUCUAUCUUUUGAGUGAGGCGUCUAGGUUUACGACUUCUGCGGAUAUACCUAUUACAGGCGGAUUGCAUGCUGGGACGAUUGACGGGUUGAUAUACUACAUGUAGUACGAUUGAAGCCAACGAUUUGGAAACAAAGAAUCCUGGGGAAUAAAGUCCCUGUCGUACCACCAGAGUAUCAUCAUAAAGGAGGGUGGAAAAGCACGAUUCGAUAUGUGAAUCUUAUUUUGAGCUUCUAGCAUCCGAUACGGGGGUUGGUUUGAAAGGGGUAACUGCAAUUCGACUAAACAAAUCUCAAUUUUAC